ACGCUACAACAAUCUGGUCUCGCUCAAACAACGACGGCGGCACCGUGAAGUUGAGCAAGUGGCAGUAACUGGUGAGUUUGACGGACUCAGAGUCUCUGCUUCAUCGGCGGUCAAGCUAAGAUAGGGCAUCACAAUACGUGGAUGGAGUGGUGCUGACAAACUGUUUUUAAACCCCUGGGGGCCUCAGCUAGCUGAGCAUCCAACUCAAAGUUCACACUUCAAACACUCACUGCCAUCUGCUAAGCAAAACGAAGCAGAACAUGGCUGCCGGCUGGGCAGAGGUGACAGUUAAGUGCCUCGUGCAUUACUUCAAGCAACCGGCAAAAGCGAAACUCGCCGUGAUUAUAGUAGUGCCAUUUCUCCUGCUGUGUUAUGGACUUGGCAACGUCCAUAGCUCGAUAGUUCAUGAGAACAGAGAAGAUCUUCGCGGCCUGCUUGACUUCAAGCAUGGUAUCACCAGCGAUCCAUAUGAUGCCUUGCGCAACUGGAAUACAAGCACCCACUUCUGUCAUUGGAAUGGAGUGAACUGCACCUUAACUCGACCAUGGCGUGUCACGGUGCUCAAUCUCACCAGGCAAAAAUUGGUUGGCCAAAUCUCCCCGUCUCUUGUAAACUUAACCUUUCUUAACAUGCUUGUUCUAUCCCACAACCUUUUGCAUGGAAUCAUACCCGAUUCACUUACAAACUGUUCCAAUUUGAACUAUUUAUUCCUAUCUUACAACAACCUUAUGGGUGCGAUUCCCACUAGCAUAGGCUUUCUUUCAAAAUUAAUCUCCUUGCAGAUUCACAGAAAUAAUCUCGUUGGUCUUAUCCCGCCUGCGAUAGGAAACAUUAGCACUUUAAAAUCACUUGACCUUGGAGAAAAUCAAUUGAACGGGCCAAUUCCCGACAAGCUUUGGCAGCUACGGAACAUGAAGUACUUUUACCUAAAUGAAAAUAGUCUAUCAGGUGAAAUCCCACAGACUGUCUCUAAUAUAUCUUCUCUCCUGGAUUUAUCCUUGUCUACCAAUAUGCUGGAGGGCACAUUGCCAUCUAACAUUGGUGAUGCCUUCCCUAAUCUCCAAAAUCUGUUCUUGGGAAUCAACACUUUCCAGGGUCAAAUUCCAGCUUCCAUUGGUAAUGCUUCAGGUCUAGGAAGAAUAGAUCUAUCAUCUAAUGGUUUCAGUGGCCAAAUCCCAAGCUCUUUUGGAAGGAUCGGAGCGCUGUAUUAUCUGAACCUUGAAUCAAAUAAGCUUGAAGCCGCGAGUGAUGGUGAAGGCUGGGAAUUCUUCCAUGCGCUCGCAAAUUGUACUAGUCUACAGGUUAUUUCAGUAUCCAACAAUCAGCUAGAGGGAGUCAUACCAAAUUCGAUAGGUAACCUACCCACCAACCUUACGUAUCUAGGAAUGAGUGGAAACAAGCUAUCAGGAGUUGUCCCCCCAAGCAUAGGAAAAUUUCAGAACUUAGUUUAUCUCUUACUAGAUGGCAACAGCCUUACCGGUACAAUUGAAGAAUGGAUUGGCAAACUGACAAAGCUACAAACUUUAGGCCUCCAUGGGAAUAACUUUAUCGGGACAAUUCCACCUUCCAUUAGCAAAGUUACGCAGCUGUCAUACUUCUCUCUUGCAGAAAAUAACUUCAACGGUUUCAUACCUCCUGGCUUGGGGAACCUUCAACGUAUGUCAAUAUUGAACCUUAGCUAUAACAAUUUCGAAGGGAGCAUACCUGUUGAGUUGGGUAAUCUUAUAGCACUCACCAAACUAGAUCUUUCAUCGAACAAGCUUAGUGGGGAAAUUCCUUAAACUUUGGGCAAAUUUGCACAAAUAAAGACCAUUCGAAUUGAUCAAAAUUUUCUUACAGGAAACAUUCCGAAAAGCUUCGGCAAUCUAAAGAGCUUGAGCAUACUUAAUCUUUCCCAUAACGAUUUGUCGGGCCCCAUGCCAGGCUUCUUAAGUGAUUUAGACCUUCUAACUAAACUGGACCUAUCUUACAACAAUUUACAAGGACAAAUACCAACAUAUGGUGUAUUUGGUAAUGCUACAAUUGUUUCACUCGAUGGCAAUCCGAGACUGUGUGGUGGAGCCACGGAUUUGCAUAAGCCUCCAUGCCAUGUUAGAUCUACAAGAGCAAGGACAGUAAACUAUUUGAUCAAAAUACUGAUCCCAAUAUUUGGGUUCCUGUCACUCCUGUUACUUGUCUAUUUUCUACUCGUUGACAAGAGGAUUUCAAGAAGAGCACAUCUAUCGCAGCUUUCCUUUGGUGAGCAUUUUGAGAAAGUUACGUUCCAGGACCUCGCACAAGCCACAAAGGACUUCUCGGAAGUCAAUCUCAUUGGGAAAGGAAGCUACGGUUCCGUGUACAGAGGCAAAUUGAAGGAAAGCAAAGCAGAGGUGGCUGUGAAGGUUUUCGACCUUCAGAUGCCAGGAGCGGAGAGAAGCUUCCUGUCAGAGUGUGAAGCACUGAGAAGCAUUCAGCAUCGGAAUCUUCUCCCCAUCUUAACUGCCUGUUCAACCGUAGAUAACUCGGGCAAUGUUUUCAAGGCUUUAAUUUAUGAGCUGAUGCCUAAUGGGAACCUGGAUUCAUGGCUGCACGACAAAGGGGACAAGGGAGGUACUAAACGUCUAAGCCUAACUCAAACAAUAAGCAUAGUUGUCAACGUGGCAGAUGCAUUGGAUUAUUUACACCACGACUGCGGAAGGCCCACUGUCCAUUGUGACUUGAAGCCGAGCAAUAUCCUUCUAGAUGAUGAUAUGAAUGCUCUCUUGGGAGAUUUCGGCAUUGCACGUCUCUACGUUGAUCCUCAGUCAACACGGGCAGCUUCGACAAGUUCGAUUGGCCUGAAGGGGACAAUUGGAUAUAUUCCUCCAGAGUACGGGGGAGGUGGCCAAGCUUCAACGUCCGGGGAUGUUUAUAGUUUCGGCAUAGUGUUGUUGGAGAUUUUCACAGGAAAAAGGCCGACAGAUCCUACGUUCACGGACGGGCUAGACAUCAUCAGCUUCGUGGAGAACAGCUUUCCGGACCAGAUAUUUCACGUUGUUGAUGCCCAUAUCGUGGAAGAAUGCAAAAAACUUUCCCAAGAAAAGAAAGUACCAGAAAAUGAGGUCUACCGGUGCUUGUUGGCUAUUCUGCAAGUAGCACUUUCUUGCACGCGUUCAUUACCAUCUGAACGGUCCGAUAUGAAGCAGGUAGCCAGCAAAAUACAUGAAAUCCAGACGUCAUAUCGUGGAUGGAACUAUAAGGAGUAAGGGAAAGGGUGCUCAGUAUAGUGAAUUAGCGUUUUCAUUAUACUACUACAAUUAAAUCUGUGUUUUGUAUGAAUGUGUUUAACGCGACCAGUGAUAUAAAUAUACUGUACAUCUGAAGAAUGCUCGGUUACAAAUUUAUUCCGAAUGAA